AUGGCUAGCAUCGAUGAUGUGAACUUUGAGCUCCCCAAAUUACGUACUUCCUUCUCCCUAGAGGCAAGCAUCCAAUUCCGCUCCCAGAGCUCUAUUUUACCCGCGGUUUAUGAAAGAUUAACCGUCCAAAAAUGGAUAGAAUUCUUUGACGUCAAAUUCUGCCCUUACCAGCCCCUAGACCAUGAACCUGUCUUUGCUGCUAUCAGCAAAAAGCAUAUUGUUAUAUGCCGACUCACAAAAGACACUGGUGAUGCCAAUCCUUGUCAUGUAAUCAAUGUUAUAAGAGACGACGAUGAUGAGGCCGCCAGUUGUUGUUGUACUUGGACUAUGGAUGCCGUAAAUGGCAGGCCGUAUAUCUGCAUUGGCGGUGUUGAUGCCAAGGUUAAGAUAUAUGACGUAGUUGAUGGCCGUGCUUUGUCGGCCAUGGCGGGGUUCGUCUUCUCUCACCUUUUCACCUUGGGCCUCAUGAACUCACCCGAAGCAAAGGACGUUAAUGAUUUAGCCACAUCCCCCGUCAACCCAUACAUCAUCGCUUCAGCUUCAGACGACACAAGUGCUUUCCACGAAACUGGCCGCUAUCUUCUAUCAGGCGGUCACGACCAGAUUAUAAACCUGUGGACUAUUCCUGAUCUCCCCAAUGAACCCAUCGAUACGCCCCUGCAGGUUCAUUAUCCUCAUUUUUCAACCUCAGCGGUGCACAGCGGCAUUGUCGAUUGUGUCUCAUUUUAUGGAGAUCUCAUCCUAUCUAGAGCUUGUCACGAUAACGUGAUUGUCCUGUGGAAGAUCGAAGGAUUCUCCUCAGAUGAUCCUUUACCACCCCAGAGUACUGCCCCUACGCCACAGAAUGUACUCCCAACAAAUUACGAAGAUCCUGGACGACUCACGCGGUCUGCCUUCGUUCCGUUAACAUCCCCCCAGUGCCCGGUCCAGUAUACACGGCUAUUAGCAUUCCAUACUCCAAACUGCGGCCCUCAGUUCUUCAUGCGCUUCAAGCUCCAUCAUGUGCCCAACCAGAAUCCGGUGCUGGCAUUUUGUAAUGCAGCAGGCAACAUUUUUUUCUGGGACUUGAAGCGACUGACUGCUCACCGCGAUAUCAUGUCGUCGCUAGCCAAUCAUACGGACAAAAGCAAACCGAUACAGCUUCCCAGUUGGCAGAAACCCGUUAUCCCGCGGGCAAAAGCAGAUCCGCCAAAUUCCCGGGAGUUCAGCCCGGAGACAUUGGAAUCAUGGGCGACCAAGUAUAGCAUGGAUGACACGCACGAGCCGCUUCGACACCAUAAGAUGGAGUCAUCCUCGGCCAAUUUUGUGGGCAGACAGGCAUCUUGGAGUCCAGGAGGGGACUGCGCUGGGCUCCGAAAUAAAGCCGCCAAGUAG